AUGCAGUGCAUAAAAGUCAAGGUGCUGUUGGUCAACAAGUAUUAUGAACAGGCAUUAUCCCCCGCCCUACCAACAACCAACGCCAUCAAACAGGACAACGAAUCAUCUCAGCACUCGCUUUCCGAGCGGCGAAUUGAUGAACAGUGUGAAGUACCUCAGUCCCAGGCCAUGGAUCUGUCACUUCCCCGUUUACGACCCAUUCUCAUCACUCACUUCACUCCAGAGCUUCUUCGUUGGAUUUUCGGUUUCUUUAAGCAUCCGGCUAUACAUGACAACAGGAUCAAGGUGGAAGAUAUCAACACGAGAUUUGCGGAUGGCGACUAUGAGACAUUAAAAAGUCUCCGCCUUGUUUGCUCUCUCUUUAAUCAAGUUGCAACAAUCUUCCUUAUGCCGAUCCUCCGCGUGCAGAUCGAUAAGCCAUCGCUAGACCGAAUACAUGCUAUCUCAAGAAAUCCUCUUCUUGGGAAUGGUCUACGCGGCAUCCAAGUCCGUGUGGCGUGUCGCUUCAAGGUGCAUGUCUCCUAUAGGGAAGAGUUCUUCAGCCAUCAGCGACGCCAUCUUGUUCAGCUGCUCAAUUAUCACGCCUUCUUUCUGGGACACCGGGUCGAAGAUGUGACAGCCGAAACAUCCUCAGGCCUCAUCUGGACUGAGGCGCGGUUUGUCAUGCUUGAGAGGAUCCGAGCUUGUGUCCUUGCAUGCGACCGUUGCCUUGGCAGGGAUGCUGGAGUCGUCCCUAGCAUAUCCAGCGUGCCGCAAUCUGAAUUGCAAGAUGUUCUUAGAAAGCCCGUUGAAGAGGCGCUUAUUGAUGAGUACCAGGAAAUCCUCUACAAAGCCUAUGAAGAUUACGAGAGGCUAUAUGAGAGAGACUGGCCAGUGGUAUCAAAGGGCCUACUUGUCAGCGCCCUGGCAAAGCUUUUGUCUGGGCCAUCUCGCUCAGUAUCACUCAGCUUUGAGAGGUUUAAUAAUGGGUGGGAACAGCACUGGCAUGCAUUUAAUGACAAAGAAGCAUCGACUAAAUGGCUAGCACGGCCAAAGGGCUUAUCUGAAGUUUCCCAACUAGAGGGGAAACCUAUAGAGGAUGAGCUUAAGGUGUAUAGUGGGCUCCUCUGGCAUCUUCCAAUUGCCAUCUCCCAAACGGGAAGUGUCUUGAACAGCAUUGAACUCCACGGCCCACUGGUGGGUUAUGAAUACAAUAUUAUAUGCCCCGAGGAUAUAUCUCCCGCCAUCCCAGAUCAGCCAAUAUGGGACCAGCUUCAAAUGGCAUGCCGAAAUCUGCAGGCAUUGAUCCUCACGAAUGUGAAUUUUCGUUAUAAAUUGCGCGACGACCGGUUUCCUAUCAACGGUCACAGCUACGAGCAGCAGCCUGUAGAGGAGGGCGUAUCCAUUGGGAAAUACAUUGGCACUAUACUUUCUGGCAAAACACUCGAGAGAGUAGACCUUGAUGCUUCUGCACUUGGUCUACAAGCACUCGGUAGAGAGCGAGCCAGAUGCCCACUUGGUCAUGCACUGAGUCGGAUGACCUGCACGAACAUGAGAGUGGUUUCAUUGACAAACAUCGGCUUCUCUCAAAAGAAACUGGAAGCAUUUUGCCGGUCCCUCAAUCCGGGCAUGCAGCUGCUCAGCUUAUCGGAUGUUCAUCUCACUCAUGGCAGCUGGGUUCCUGUUCUUGAUCUGUUGCGAGAUCUACUCAAUGAGAGAUGGGUGCAAGGGAAGUGUCAAGUACGACUAUCACUGCUUGGGGGAGGCGAGAUCGAACAAUUGGAAGCCGUUCAUAAUAAUGAAGAGAGCGAAUUCGCGUAUUUGGAAAGACUCAUGGGGCGAUUUAUGGAAUAUAUCCAGAGCCAGCAGGGUGGUAAGAACCCGGUGAUUGCGCCAGGGGUCUUUUCUUGA